AUGUCUGAACGACGAUACGUUGAAUUCGAAUCGAUCCAUAGUGGUAUCCAAUCUGACGUUGGCCGAUUCCGCCUUGCUCCCAACGGCAUUGGAUGGAAAUCCACAGGCAACAAGACCACCGUCAUUGCUGCGGACGAUGUCAAAAAGGUCUCUUGGUCUCGAGCUGCUCGUGGUCAUCAGGUCCGCAUUGUAGUCAAGGACAACACUGUUUACAAGUUUGAUGGCUUUCGAUCUGAAGACUUUGACGAUUUGAAGGACGCCGUCAAGCUAUAUUACAAGGUGCAACUGGAAGCAAAAGAAUUGAGCGUACGUGGUUGGAACUGGGGGAACACCAGCUUUCAAGGUUCCAAUCUUAUUUUCGAUGUAUCCAACAAGCCCAUGUUUGAAUUGCCACUUGCACAGGCCAUUGGUACCAACAAGCCCGGCAAGAAUGAAGUAUCAGUCAACUUUGUCGAUCCUGGUCAGCCUGCACCUGAAGGCAUCAACCCCAAGGAGGUGGAUGAAUUGAUGGAUGUCACAUUCUAUGUACCUGGUACCGUUGCCAAGGAAUCAGAGAACAAGGACAAUGAAAAUGAGGAGGAGGAUGAGGAAGUUGCUGCUGAUAUGGUGUUUUAUGAAACAAUCAAAUCCAAGCUUGAGUUCAGCCAGAUGACUACCGAGAACAUUGUUCAAUUCCAAGAAGUCCUAUGCUUGACCCCUCGUGGUCGUUACAACAUCGACAUGUACCAAGAUUUCCUUCGUCUUCGUGGCAAGACCUACGAUUACAAGAUCUUGUAUUCCAACAUCAUCAAGCUGUUUUUGCUGUUGAAGCCCGAUGAGAUGCAUGUCAUGUUUGUGAUUGGUUUGGAUCCUCCUCUUCGACAAGGUCAAACGAAGUAUCCCUUCCUUGUGUUCCAAUUUGUGCGUGAUGAAGAAAUUGACAUUGAAUUGAAUCUCGAUGAUGAAGCAAUCAAUGACAAGUAUGAAAACAAGCUCCAAAAGCGCUAUGAUGCUCCUACAUACGAGGUGGUCAGCACCGUAUUCCGUGCCCUUACCAAUAGAAAGGUGACAGUGCCAGGCACUUAUAGAAGUCACCAUGGUGCCAAUGCUCUCAAGUGCUCGAUGAAGGCGAAUGAAGGUUAUCUGUAUCCAUUGGAAAAGAGCUUCCUCUUUAUACCAAAGCCCACCACAUUCAUCCCACACAGCGAGAUUGGUGUUGUCAGCUUUUCUCGUCUUGGUACAACUUCUGGCGGUAGCUCACGUACAUUUGAUAUCAAGUUCCACAUGAAGAAUGGCACGGAUAUCCAAUUCUCCAGCAUCAAUCGAGAAGAAUAUGCCAAUCUCGAGGACUUUUUGAGAUCCAAGCGUAUCAAGGUCAAGUCCGUGAACAAUGAGGAAACACUUGUAAGCUAUGCAGAGUUGGAUGAAGAUGAAGAAGAGGAUGAAGAAGAAUACAGUGGACGCAAGAAACGACGAACAGAAAAGGAAAUGGAUGUUGAUGAAGAAGAAGAAAGCCCUGAUGAGGAUUUUGCACCUGAUGAGAGUGGUAGUGAAGUUGCAGAAGAGUUUGAUUCCGAAGCAGCCUCCGAGAAUGAAUCAGAGUAG